AUGUCUGAAGCUGGUGUAACCUCUGAAGCCACAACCUUAGCUGCUGUGAGGUCCAAACAAUCUCGUCCGAACAACUAUAGUGUCGACCCUACUCAUAACCGGCCUCCAAUGAAGUAUACCAAAUGUGGUUUAGAUAACCACACAAUUAAGGGAUGUUAUGAGAUCAUUGGUUAUCCAGAAGGAUGGGUCCACAAAGGGGGUAAAAAAGAUUCGACUAGAGCCUUAUUUGCAUCCGCUCAAUCAUUUGAGGAGAUUGCAUCAGAACUUCCAUCUGGCUCCAAGGCCUUGGCCAUCUCACGUACCUCUUGCACAUCUUCACUUACUUGUAAUAGAUCAUGGAUUAUUGACACUAGCGCUACUAAUCACAUAACAUCUAGUUUUACUGGGUUGUACUCUACCAAACCAUCAAACCAAACACAUAUUACUAGUGCCAAUGGAACCACCUCCCAAGUUAUGGGAGAAGGUUUGUUGAAUCAAACUUUCAUUGUAAAACUUGCAUUUUUGGCCAAAAGCCAUCGUAUUUCUUACCCAUUAAGAUUGAAUAAAAGUUCUUUGUCCUUCAUAAUUGUCCGUUAUGAUGUUUGGGGACCAUCACGAGUUCCCACUAUUAGCGGUUUUAAGUGGUUUAUGACGUUUAUUGAUGAUUGCACCCGGAUGACCUGGGUUUUUCCCCUAAAGCAGAAAAGUGAAGUCACCGCCAAAUUCAAGUUAUUUUAUCAAUAUGUUGCUACUCAGUUUGACAAGAAAAUCACUAUAUUUCGGUUUAACAAUGGAGGAGAGUACGUCAACCAUGACCUACAUAAUUUUUUAAGUCAACAUGAACCUGUUCAUCAAACCACAUGUGCCUAUACACCACAACAGAAUGGCAUCACAGAGCGUAAGAAUCGUCAUCUCUUGGAGGUUAUUCGUGCCUCUUUAUUUGAGGCUCGUAUGCCUCAUCAUUUUUGGGGGAAGGCUCUUUAUUCUGCUAAUUACCUCAUUAAUAGAACACCAUCCAACACUCUUCAGUAUCAAACUCCAUUUCAGACAUUGACCACUCUCCUCACCAUGCCAUCCACACAAAAUCUCGAACCACGUCUCUUUGGUUGUGUUGCUUAUGUUCAAGUGUAUCCACAUCAGCGUGGCAAGCUUGAUCCGUGUGCAUUGCGUUGUGUCUUUGUGGGUUAUGCUGACACUCAGAAGGGCUAUAAGUGUUUCCAUCCUCUCACUCAGACCAUGCAUGUUACCGCAGAUCAGUCAACGUCCAAGCAACCAGCUACAGUAGUGCAACAAGAUCAAGAGUUACUGGAAACUCCAGAUAAUGGUUCAGAUAAUUUCUCUCCUACUACAGUCCCAUCACCAAUCAUCCAAUCAGGUCCUGAAGAUUCCCCGCAGGCCUUCCAGAAGAAUUCCACUUGCGAGAUGACUAUCCUUCCUAAAGGGAAGAGAACAGUGGGUUGUAGAUGGAUAUAUACAAUAAAGUUCGAGGCAGAUGGCACCAUUGAACGAUACAAAGCAAGAUUGGUGGCGAAAAGUUAUACUCACACUUGUGGGAUUGAUUAUGGGGAGACCUUUGCCCCUGUCGCCAAGAUAAACACAAUUCAAGUAUUUCUUUCUCUGGCAGCAAAUCUAAACUGGCCAUUACACCAGUUUGAUGUCAAAAAUGUCUUCCUACACAACCACCUAGAAGAAGAAGUCUAUAUGGAUUCCCCUCCAGGAUGCAAGAUGGGGCCUAAUACUAGCAACAUGAUGUGUAAACUAAGAAAGUCUCUUUAUGGAUUGAAGCAGUCACCUAGAGCAUGGUUUGGAAACUUCAGCAAAUCAAUGAAGGAUUUUGGAUACAAGCAAAGUAACUCAGAUCAUACUCUUUUCUUGAAACAUAAGAAAGGUAAAGUCACUGCCCUUAUUGUAUAUGUUGAUGACAUGGUAGUUACUGGGAAUGACCUAGUGGAAAAGGCAACAUUGCAGCACCACUUGGCAAAUGAGUUUGAAAUGAAAGAUCUUGGUGCUCUGAAGUAUUUCCUAGGCAUCGAAGUAGCUCAUACGCCAAUGGAGUUGAAUCAUCAGCUUGGUGAAUAUCCUGAUCAGGUACCCACCAACAAAGAAAGAUAUCAACGCCUUGUGGGUAAGUUAAUCUAUCUAGGACACACUAUACCUGAUAUAGCAUAUGCCAUAAGUGUGGUGAGUCAGUUUAUGCAUGCACAAAGUGAAGCCCACAUGGAUGCGGUAAACCGAAUUCUGAGAUACUUGAAGUCAUCUCCUGGAAUAGGAUUGAUGUUCGCACGACAUGGUCAUCUAGAUGUUGAGAGUCACACUGAUGCAGACUGGGCGGGCUCUGUUACUGACAGGCGAUCUACAUCUGGAUACUUUACCUUUGUAGGAGGCAAUCUAGUAUCUUUGCGAAGUAAAAAACAGAAAGUAGUGUCAAGAUCAAGUGCUGAAGCAGAAUAUCGAGGUGUAACGCACAAAAUAUGUGAGCUACUCUGGAUAAUGAAUUUGUUGGGGGAAUUGGGGUUCAAACCCAAACAUGCCAUGCAACUGAAUUGUGACAACAAAGCUGCAAUAAACAUUGCACAUAAUCCAGUGCAACAUGAUAAAACCAAGCAUGUUGAAGUUGACAGACAUUUCAUCAAGGAGAAGCUCGAGGCCAAGAUCAUUAAGGUAUCAUUUGUUAGAUCCGAAGAUCAACUUGCAGAUGUACUCACCAAAGCAGUCACAAGCAGGAUCAAAGAGCAGUCACUUUUUUUGGCUUGUUGGCUAUGGCCUAUGUAUGAGAUACAAGUUGGCUCUGGUUGUGGGAUUUCAGUGACUACAAGACUCAUCGAGUUCAUGGCGGAUACCAAGCGCUAUGGUCUUGGCAAUCAGUUGGAUAUUGCACAGAUACUCUUAGAAGCAAAACAUCGCUGGUUACGCCCGGCUGAAAUAUGUGAAAUUCUUCGAAAUUAUAAAAAAUUUCACAUUUCUUCAGAGCCUGCAAGUAUGCCACCAGGUGGAUCACUUUUUCUUUUUGAUCGGAAGGUGCUUAGAUAUUUCAGGAAGGAUGGCCAUAAUUGGAGGAAAAAAAAAGAUGGAAAGACAGUGAAGGAAGCCCAUGAGAGGCUUAAGGCCGGAAGUGUUGAUGUGUUGCACUGCUACUAUGCCCAUGGAGAAGAAAAUGAAAAUUUCCAAAGACGCAGUUAUUGGAUGCUUGAAGAGGAUCUGCAACACAUAGUUCUCGUCCACUACCGGGAAGUUAAGGGAAAUAGGACAAACUUUAACCAUACUAAGGGAACUGAAGAAGCUGUUCCUUAUUCCCACGAAACUGAAGAAAUUGCACUCAAUUCUGAGAUGGAAAAUUCUGUUUCUUCUAGUUUCAAUCCAAAUACUUUCCAAAUGCGUUCCCAAGCUACAGAUACAACAAGCUUGAGUAGUGCUCAGGCAUCAGAAUUCGAAGAUGCUGAAUCAGCAUAUGAUCACCAAGCAAGUUCCCGGUCACAACCUUUUCUCGAAUUACUACAGCCUAAGGCUGAGAAGAUCAAUGCUGGAUUCUCUGAUGCAUUCUAUCCAACGUUGUUUUCAAAUAAUUAUCAAGAAAAAUUGUCAGCCAUUCCUGAGGUAAAUUUUGGCUCACUUACUCAAGCAUACAAGAGGGAAGAUGGUAAUGAUGCUGAUGUUACCUAUGAGCCCACCAAAAAUCUUAACUCUUCGUUAUGGGAGGCUGCCCUGGAAAACAGUGCUACUGGAUUUCAGUCUUUGUCUUUUCAGCCAUCAUUUUCGGCAACACAUUCUGAUAUGAUGGGGAUUAUCUCUAAGCAAGAAAAUGGGAUGCUUGGGCACCUUUUCACAGACAGUUUUGAGAAAAAGCAGAUGUGUGAGAGUAAACCAAGGGUCCAACAAGGUUGGCAGACUUCGGAAGAAAACUCAUCAUGUUCAUCUAGCUGGCUUAUGGAUCGGAACUUGCAUUCAAAUACAGUAGAUGAUGUCUCCAGCUUCCAUGAAGGACUCACUGCCGCUAAUUUACUCAAUUCUCUAGCGCCUUGCCAUACGAAUUCUGAUAAGACAAAUGAUUAUUCUAUACCAAAUGACCUUCAAAUACAGCCUUCAACCACUGAGCAAGAAUAUUAUCUAAAGUCCAUUUCAAAGAGAAAUGAGACCAUAGAGGGAAAAGCCAAUCACGCUUCUGCUAUAAAGCCUUUGUUAGAUGGCCCAUUCACUGAAGGCUUGAAGAAGCUUGACAGUUUCAACCGAUGGAUGAGUAGAGAACUUGGAGACGUGGAUGACACACAAACACAGUCCAAUUCUGAGACCUACUGGGAUACUGUUGAAAGUGAGAAUGGGGUUGAUGAGUCCAGUGUUCCCCUGCAAGUACGCUUGGAUAGCUAUAUGCUGGGGCCUUCUCUUUCCCAAGACCAGCUCUUUAGCAUUAUUGAUUUUUCACCAAACUGGGCAUAUGAAAACUCUGAAAUCAAGGUUCUGAUCACGGGAAGAUUCUUGAAGAGUCAACAAGCAGAAGCUUGUAAAUGGUCAUGUAUGUUUGGGGAAGUUGAAGUUCGUGCUGAGGUUAUAGCAGAUGGUGUUCUUCGUUGUUAUACACCCGUCCAUAAGACUGGGAGGGUUCCAUUCUAUGUGACAUGUUCCAAUAGGCUAGCGUGUAGUGAAGUGAGGGAAUUUGAAUACCGAGUUUGCCAAAUUCCAGAUUAUGAUGCUAAAGAUGAUAACAGUGGCUGCACAAACGAUAUACUUAGUAUGCGGUUUGGAAAAUUGUUGUCUCUAAGCUCUACUUCUCCAAAUUUUGAUCCCAACAGUCUGGUGAAAAAUGACAAUGGUGAGUGGGACAGGAUGCUACAGCUUACGUCAGAUGAAAACUUUUCCUUGGAGAGAGUAGAGGAGCAGUUGCUUCAUCAGCUACUUAAAGAGAAGUUGCAUGUAUGGCUCUCACAGAAACUGGCUGUUGGUGGGAAAGGCCCUAGUGUACUAGACGAGGAUGGCCAAGGUGUGUUACAUUUUGGAGCAGCUCUUGGCUAUGAUUGGGUCUUGCUGCCCACAAUAACUGCCGGAGUCAGUGUCAAUUUUCGUGAUGUGAAUGGAUGGACGGCUCUUCAUUGGGCAGCUUUUUGUGGCAGAGAGCGCACAGUUGCUUCCCUCAUCUCCCUCGGCGCGGCUCCCGGAGCAUUAACAGAUCCAAGUACCAAAUACCCUACUGGCAGAACACCUGCAGACCUAGCUUCUGCACAGGGCCACAAAGGAAUUGCUGGUUAUCUUGCAGAAUCUGCUUUGAGCGCCCACCUUUCAUCUCUUAAUUUGGACAUCAAGGAAGGCAAUAAUGCUGGGAUUUCAGGAGCCAAUGCAGUACAAACAGUUUCAGAACGAAUUGCAACUCCUAUCGGGAAUGGGGAUUUAACGGAUGGGCUUUCCCUGAGGGAUUCUUUAACUGCUGUCUGUAAUGCCACCCAAGCUGCUGCUCGUAUUCAUCAAGUGUUCAGGGUACAAUCUUUUCAGAGGAAGCAGUUGAAAGAAUAUGGUGGCAAUGAAUUUGGAAUUUCAGAUGAACAUGCACUGUCACUCAUUGCAGUGAAGUCACAUAAGCCAGGGAAACGUGAUGAGCAUGUUGAUGCUGCUGCAAUACGAAUUCAAAAUAAGUUCCGUAGUUGGAAGGGUAGAAAAGACUAUUUGAUAAUCCGACAGCGUAUUGUCAAAAUUCAGGCUCAUGUAAGAGGCCACCAGGUGAGGAAAAACUACAAAAAGAUAGUGUGGUCUGUAGGAAUUGUAGAGAAGAUUAUUUUGCGUUGGAGACGAAAAGGAAGUGGAUUGCGUGGGUUCAAGUCAGAGCCACUUAUUGAGGCCCCCAGCAUACAAGUUUCAUCCUCGAAGGAUGAUGAUUAUGAUUUACUGAAAGUAGGAAGGAAGCAAAAUGAGGAAAGGUUGCAAAAGGCCCUUGCUAGGGUGAAGUCCAUGGUUCAAUAUCCUGAAGCAAGAGAUCAAUACCGUCGGCUACUUAAUGUUGUUACUGAGAUAAAGGAAACCAAGGUGGUAUGUGAUAGUGCUGUGAAUAGUUCAGAAGGGAGAGCUGAUAUGGAUGAUGAUCUCAUAGAUUUUGCAGAAUUGUUGGAUGAAGACAUUUUCAUGCCUACAGCAGGUCCAUAG